UUUGGGAUCCUCCUCCCCGCCACUAGAGGGCAGACGUCUCCGCCCCUCCCCUCACCUCCCCCGGUCCCGGUCCUUCGGCGUCACGCAACCAACAUGGCGAGGAAACAACGUGGGGAAACAACUUCGCCGUCAAAGACGGCGGACGACGAAAAAAAGGCCGAAAACUUCAGUUUAAAGCUCGAGUCCAGUGACGAUGAGGCGCCCGAAGAGGUGACAUUCGAAGACUCGAAGGCUCAGGCCUUACGGAGCAUGAAACAGGCGCUGGACACAGCCAGAAGGGAAAAGGAGCUGCUGAAAGAGAAGAGGAGGAGGAGACAGGAGCUGUUCCAGGAACAGAAGAAAAGAAAACUCUUACCGGCCGACCUGUUGGAGGAAAUCGACUCAGCCUCUUCAAAGAAGCAGAGACAGUCUGAAGACACAGCAACGUCCUUACCAGCUGAAGAGGAGCAGCAGCAGGAGGAGGAAGGAGAGGGAGAGGAAGAAAGGACGAAGAAGAAGAAAAAGAGUUGGAAAUUGGCACAUACUCGAAAUCUGAAGGGAAACUACACGGUGGCGACGCUGAAGGAGGAGCGGGUGCUGGCGUCUUUCCAGCAGCGGGCGGCCGAGGACUUCCUCCGGUCCAGGCUGUACGGACCAGGAAGCUGCAGGACCACAAGUGGCGAGAUGCUCUCCCUCCAGAACAAGAAGGGGAGGAAUAAAAGCGCGGCAGUGCAGUUUGUCAAGAAGGACUGGGCCUGCAGGGAAAAAGCCAAAGCGGAGAAGCUGAAGAAGAGGUGGAUCCACAAGCAGAAGAUCCCCCCCUGCUGACCGGGCGUCUCCAAAAACCCUCGACCCCCCCGGGGCCCGCAGACCCGACCUGUCGGAGACCGGGACCUGGUCUGGACGAAUAAAUUAUAUUGACUUAAAUCUGGGAGCAGCAGCAGCCUUUAUCCCUCAGUUUUCAAGAUAGAAGCUUUUUCGUGGGGACAGUGUGCGGCUGCCACAGAACGGGGGGAGUGGGAUCGCACCGGGAUGAAAGUCCUCUUACAGGACCGGCAGAGCCAAAACUCCUCGUCCUCUGCCAGACGGCCCACGGAUGGGGUUCUCACGGUUCUCGAGACGUUUCCCUCGCACGUCUGCGCCUUGCCGGGUUUCUGAAAGAGCAGAACAGGCGGAGACGCGGGUCUCCGGGGUUCCUGACUUCAUAAGCUCAUCCUCAAAAAAAAAAGUGGAUUGCCGAGGCGCGAGACUCAAAUGAGCUGCUUUGUUAAUAAAUGCUUGUUACUUUUGUAUCUUUAAAUAUUCUGUCAAAAUGCAAAAUAAAGACUUGAGUGAACACA